AUGUUGCAAAAUGAUGCUGGUCUUAAAAAUCUAAAUGGUUCAAUUUUUAGCAACCAACAACCUAGGACAGCCAUUUACAUUCCUUGGAAAUGCAAAGCCCACUCAAUAGCGCAUUUUUCUACCACCUGUCCCCUGAGGCUGGUCCAACACGAUCAGACGACUACCGCAUGGUGGUGGCACGAGUUGGAUUACCUCAGGAAGGUGGCAAGGAAAUCCUUUAAUAAGACAAGAACCACAAAACUCAAAGAGGGCUGGGCUACUUACAAAUCUCACCUCAGAGAAUACAAAACAAUCGUCAGACAAAAACAAAGAGAUGCAUGGAGAUCAUACUGCGAAGAAAUCUAA